AUGUCGCGUCGCUCAGCAUCCCCACUAGACGUCCGCCAUGCUAAACGUCCUAGACUCGACGGGGAGGGACGAGGAUUGACCCCGGAGGAUUAUAAGCAUGGCAUUAUGCUCGCACCCAUGGUUCGUUCGGGCGCACUCCCAACCCGACUUUUCGCGCUCAAACACGGCGCAAAACUAGUCUGGGGUCCCGAAAUCGUCGAUAAAGCCAUCCUCCACGCAAAACGCGUCGUAGACCCAACAACCGGCGUAAUCUCCUACGAAGGCAAAUCCAAAGCCAUGUUCACCUGCCACCCCCUCGAAAAGCCCUUCCUAAUCUACCAAAUCGGCUCCUCCACCCCCUCUCUCGCCGUCCAAGCCGCCCGCGUCGUCAUGCAAGACGUAUCCGGGAUCGACCUCAACUGCGGCUGUCCGAAGCCUUUCUCGACGCACAGCGGGAUGGGCGCCGCGCUGCUUUCGACGCCGGAUUUGUUGUGCGAUAUUUUGACCGCGUUGAGGAGGGAGAUGCCGGCGGAAAUUAGUGUAAGUUGUAAGAUCAGACUGUUGGGCACGAAGGAGGAGACGUUGGAGCUUGUGAGGAGGAUCGUGGGCACGGGUGUGAAUUGCUUGACGAUCCACUGUCGAACGCGGAGUAUGCGGAAUAAGGAGCGGGCGUUACAGGAGCGGUUGAGAGAGGUCGUGGAGUUCGUGAGGAACGAGUUGAAGAGCGAUGUUGCGAUUGUGGAGAAUGGGGAUUGUGUGGGGUAUGAAGACGCGAGACGGAUAUUGGCACUGACGGGCGCGGAUUCGACGAUGAUCGCGACCGCGGCGGAGUCGAAUCCUACGGUGUUUGCGAAGGAACCACUAUUCGAUUUGGAGCACACGCUCGUGCCGGAUUACCUCCGUAUGUGCAAAUACCUCGGCAACCACUGGUCCUCCACAAAAUGGUGUCUCGCCCAAUUCAAAUCCCCGCGCUCCCCCAACUCGUCAUACACGAAAUCGCAGGCCCUCACCAUCCGCAACGCCCUCAGCAAAGCGAAAUCAUACGACGACCCGAACGCGAUCGAGAUUGUUGGGGGAAUAUGGAACGGGAAGGAGGUGUGGGAUGAGUUGGAGAAGGUGGUGAGGAGUCGAACGAGCAACGGGGAUGAGGGCGAUGGGUUGAGAGUGGAUGUUUGGCCGGCGGAGGAGAUGGCGAGCAUGGAGGAGGAGAGCGGAGAUGGUGGGGCGGUAGUAAAGGUAGAUGGUGUGGAAGCUCAUGACCUGGAGAAAGCCGAGGAGCGACAAAUCGAAUCGAAGAAAGAAACCUACCCAUCCGUCGACUCCGAACGCUCACAACAACACUCCGACCCCAUCGCCCCACCCCAAGACCCAGACCCCGCCACACCCCUUCCCUCCACGCCCCUUCCAUUGCCCAACUCCAACUCCAACUCCGCGACAAACUCCCCCGACGCAAACACAGUCUACAUAACCCCCCAAGACUAUCGCGGCAACCCGAACCCAGAAAACAUAUACGACGCACCGGGCGUGCCGGGCUCGAUGGAUAUAUCGAAGCGGUUGAGGAUCGUUCCUGCGCUUGUGGAGGGUAGGGAUGUGGAUUUGGACACGCCGACGCCGAGUCAGAAGGGGUGA